AUGAGCGUAGAUGAAAAGCGGCUACUCAUUAUGGCUUCACCUAUAGCCAGAAAUAUUGAUGCCUCAGAACAAGAUGAAAUUUUAAUUCGUGCAGAUGAUUUCGCUAAAGAAUGCGGCAUAAAACUCAACUCGGCUUAUAAGCAAAUUGAGAUAGCAUCGAGAAAAUUAAUUGAUCGCUCAUUCUCAUAUACAAAUGACAGAGGUAAAAAAGUUUAUUCAAAUUGGGUUAUUGAUGCCACUUAUGAGGACGCAGGGGUAUCCCUGAGAUUUACAUCUAUAGUGCUGGUUAUGCUCAAAAUUUUAGAUAAAUAUAACCCCUAUACACGGUAUAAAAAAGAUGUGGUUUUAAAGCUAAAGAAAGAUUACUCGAUUGAUUUCUAUCAUUUAGCUAAAAAAAAUCAGGCUAAAAAUGGCUUUGAGCUGACGCUAGAUCAAAUGUUCUCGGAGUUUGGACUACCAGACUCAUAUAGAGAUUUGAGAAAUCUGAAGCGCAGGGUGCUAAAAAAUGCUAUGGAAGAAAUCAAUGCGGUUACAGAUAUUAGCAUCGAGUAUAUGCCAAUCAAGCAAGGACGCUCGGUAACUGGCUUUAAGUUUGCUGUUAAGGAAAAACCUAAGCCUAAAACUAUAGGAGUAGGACGAGAUCCAGACACGAUUGAUAU